AAAUUACAGUAGCUGAACAGCACUCAGAACCACAACACCCAGCAGAGGCGAGCGGGAAUUAAAGUAAAUCGCAAAUCAUAAAAAAUCGUGAAAUCUCAGCUGUAUCGAGGACGAGCAUUCUAAAACGAGGCUCGGAUUCUUUGUUUCCAAUUGAAGGAAGUUGAAGUUGAAGUUGCGGAAAGCAAGCAGUGCACCCUGCUGUUGCUCUUCUUCUUGCCUUGCCCUUUCAUUAGCAGCAAAGAAGUAAAACCUCAAAUACGAAGUAUAAAUAGAAGAAGCAGAAAACCCAAGGCUAGACAAAUUGGAAACAUACAGGGAUACAAUACAGGGACAGGGAAAUCCCCGUAUUUUAUAUUCGCUAGCUGGAUACAUAUCUUAUCGGGCGAGUAAAUAUGGCGCCGCCUUUCGGAUUAUUAGCUGCUGUUGUUGCUGUUCUUGUCACGCUUGUGAUUUGUGGAAAUACAAAAUCGGCGUCGUCCGAGGGAUGGAUGCACCCAAGCACCCCACAAAUGGAAGUGGACGCUCUGCGCACCGAAUACAUCGCCCUGGAACGCGCCCUGUGGAAUUAUCUGGCCAAAACGGCCAAUAGUCAAAACAAUAAGGAAACACAGAUAAGGAAAGUAUACGAUUCGCAUCGCGAUUUCGAUGCGAAACCCCAAAUGAGACGCACCUUCGAGGAGCAUCGCUACAAGAUCCUCAAUCACUACGAAUGGUCGCUAUUGGAAAGGGAUCUCAUUUAUAUCAGCAAGCUUUACGAUGCCUACAAGGACACCUUUGUCAAGCAGAGCAACAGCGUCGAACUGGAUGAACUUGCCGUUUUAAAUCUAGCCGGAGCAAUCCUGCGCAACGAUAACACCGCCUCAAUGCCACGAAUCCUGCAGGAAAUCGAGCGAGUGAUGGUUUCUCAGACCCUCUACUACCGAGCCAUGAUAGUGUCUACCGAUCAAAUUUGCAAUACCAUGCAAUCGGCCCAGCAGUUUAUAUACUCACUAUAUGCGGAUAUAGCCCUGACCGAACUGAAAGCCUACACCAUGAUGGAAUUCUCGUGGAUGAUGUUGCGGGUCUACGGGAAGGGCAACUACACCCAGGAGGCGGAAAUCAUGCGUUCCGAAUAUGAGAAGAGGACGGAACGCACACUAAAAAUACUCAAGGAUGUGAUGCUACGAGCUGAUCGUAUCGUUUACCGCUGUGAUCCGACGAAACAUGUACGGGGAGUCACCUAUGACGAGGUCACGCGCCUCCUUCAAGGCUACAUUGAAAACGAGGUGGAUUUGAAUAAAGAGGAAACUUGCCGAGAGACGUGUGACUUUUAUCAGUCCACCCGCAGUGAAGGCUGCUUUAAGGAUCUCUACUGUUCCCGUCAGCCGAAAUGUAGUGGUCGUCUGUACAACUGCAGGUUCGUAGACUCCGACAUGUGGGUGUGCCCGUCGCCACAGAAUAGCACGCGGCGCUAUGAGUUCAUCGAGUACGAAAACGGACGCGUCCUUGGCCAGCGGGGUAAGUGCACCAGGGGCACCACCAAGGUGGACAGCUGGUGGCGUUACCUUCUCUGGCACUGCAGCUACUGCUUCUGCCUGUGCGACGAGGAGGGUCUGAAGUCUGAUCGUUUCUUCAAUCUGCGGGACACGAUCGCCGAUGUCAAGCGCAACCGAGUCGUGACUGGUUUGCGUUUUGUAAAGCAAAAUCGCAUUUUCCAUCUGCAAAUCCAGGAGGGCGAACUCCUGCCUCGUGGUAUUGUCAAUCAAAGCACUCUGGAAUGGAAACCCGUGGAAAAGUACAACGUCUUUGAUCGUCAUGUGAAGAAUGGCGUUGAUUAUCAUAAGUUGAGCUACGAGAAACGCACCAUCGAUCUGGACGAUGUGGAUACGGAUGACAAUUCCUUUGUCGUUACCGGCGUGCGAUUCCGUGUGGUGGGCACACAUCUGAAUUUGGAGGCCUACUACAGUGAGUUUGAUUUCCGGACGGGUCAGCUCAUCCGGCCGGAGUACAAUAGCUAUUGGAAGUCCAACGACAAUACCGAUGUCAGCGGCGCACGCAGGGAGAAACUGCGUCUGAGCAACGCCGACGUGUCUACGCGGACAAUAGCACACUCGAUACCUCUGUCGCGCCACAAUCAGUACAUCGACUUCACUAACACUGGACUGGACAAGGAUGCCGCCCAGAGCACAGUGCCGUUUAUGGACAUCCAGGACGUGGUCUCGAAUCCACCAGUACCACUAGCCGGCAUUGGCAUUUACUACAAGGGCCGCAACGGCUACGGCGGCUUCCUGGGCCCCAAGAUCAUCACCUACGACUUCAUGCCCCACGUUCAGGUGCCAAAGAAUAGAUUCUAAAGCGGAGAGAAGCGGUGCUGUUUCCAUCCCGCACAUAUGUCAUAGCUUUUUUUUAGUUGUACACUACCUAUCAAUACACACUUGCGUUUAACUGUCGCAUAGUCUAAGUGAGAUCAGAGGAGAACGAACCGCAGGAGAUGCAGAAUCCGGCAAGACAAGAAUAUAAAAACAAAUUAUAUUGAAAAUAACAAAAGAAAUAAAAACGAAUGUGAAUCUGAGAAACCAG